UCAGUGUAAUUUGAGUCCGGGAGCUUUGUUCACACUUUAAAUAGCAGUCCAGGGAUGAUGUUCUGACAGACUCCCUGGAAGGGCCUGAGCUGAGCUAGGGGAAGACUUACAUCGAUGAAAGCGAAGCGAAGCCACCAAGCCACCAGCAUGUCCUCGUCUCUCCGAGUAAGCCCGUCCAUCCACGGCUACCACUUUGACACGGCCUCCCGCAAGAAGGCUGUGGGCAACAUCUUUGAAAACGUAGACCAGCAGUCCCUGCAGAGGCUCUUCAGGAACUCCGGAGACAAGAAGGCAGAGGAACGGGCCAAGAUCAUCCUUGCCAUUGAUCAAGAUCUGGAGGAGAAAACACGAGCCCUGAUGGCCCUGAAGAAGAGGACGAAAGACAAGCUUCUGCAGUUUCUCAGACUGAGGAAGUAUUCCAUCAAGGUGCACUGAGCCUCCUCGCAGGAUGGGUAAGGAGCUUAUCCACCAAUGGACCUUUAAAGACAGACCCAGUGAGCCUGCCAGCCCGGCCAGGGCAGCGUCCCGCGCACCGGCUUGAGCACCUCUUCCAUCAGGACCCUGAGGAUGGAAAGGGACGGAGCACACCAGCUACAAAGACUUCAACUCUGUGUCAGCUCUGAGCUGUCACACCGAGAGCAAAGUGCCUUCAGCAGGCGGUUGAGAACUCUCCCAGCAGGAAAGGGCUGACACGGACCUGGUAGACGAAGAUGGAAACACAGAACAGAACGUGGCAGACAGGGACUGAGUGCACCCAGGGUCACUGGCCAGGCCCUAAGACUGAACUCAAACCUAACUUGGUUUUAGUUGUUGUUGUUUGGUUUGUUAUUUUGUUUUUCUUUUCCUUUUUUUUUUU